GCCCGCGGCGUGAGGCGUGGGAGGUAGCGCGGCUGCCGUCGCCCGGCGCCGCCCGGUCGUCGUCUGCCUUAGCCUCACGGCGCCCAGCCGCGGUCCGAAUUCUCUUUGCAAUGGAAAGAGGAAAGAGAAAUUAGAAGUUUUUUAAAAAUUGUCAUUUGAUUUCUUCAGAGUUAUUGUGGCCUUCUGAACUGCAGAACUGGGGCUCCUUUGCAUCUUCCAGUUACAAAUUCAGUGCCUUCUGCAGUUUCCCCAGAGCUCCUCAAGAAUAACGGAAGGGAGAUUGCGGAAGCAUGAGAAGAUUCUGUAACUGAGAGGCAUUCUUCAAGCUGCUGGAAAAUAUUACAGAAGGAACACCUUCCAAAUUUUGCUUCAAGCUCUGAGAAAAGGAGCACACAGGGGAACCUUAGUCUUGCUUGUGGAUCGAAGCAAAUACUAUCACAGCGAGGAAGUGGGACUUUGUGUGCGGACUCCUGGCUUGAUCUUUAUAGGAUUGGGUGUAUGUUGUUGGAACUGGCAGGCCAAGAGGCCCUGAAACCAGCAGGUGCCAUCUAUAUGGAGAAAAGCGGCUGUAGUCCAUUUCCAGUGUGUUGGGCUAAAGAAUAUGACAGAUACCUAGCAUCUAGCAAAAUAAUGGCAGCUGCUUACCUUGACCCCAACUUGAAUCACACGCCAAAUUCGAGUACUAAGACUCACCUGGGUACUGGUAUGGAACGUUCUCCUGGUGCGAUGGAGCGAGUAUUAAAGGUCUUUCAUUAUUUUGAAAGCAAUAGUGAGCCAACCACCUGGGCCAGUAUUAUCAGGCAUGGAGAUGCUACUGAUGUCAGGGGCAUCAUUCAGAAGAUAGUGGACAGUCACAAAGUAAAGCAUGUGGCCUGCUAUGGAUUCCGCCUCAGUCACCUGCGGUCAGAGGAGGUUCACUGGCUUCACGUGGAUAUGGGCGUCUCCAGUGUGAGGGAGAAGUAUGAGCUUGCCCACCCACCAGAGGAGUGGAAAUAUGAAUUGAGAAUUCGUUAUUUGCCAAAAGGAUUUCUAAACCAGUUUACUGAAGAUAAGCCAACUUUGAAUUUCUUCUAUCAACAGGUGAAGAGCGAUUAUAUGUUAGAGAUAGCUGAUCAAGUGGACCAGGAAAUUGCUUUGAAGUUGGGUUGUCUAGAAAUACGGCGAUCAUACUGGGAGAUGCGGGGCAAUGCCCUAGAAAAGAAGUCUAACUAUGAAGUGUUAGAAAAAGAUGUUGGUUUAAAGCGAUUUUUUCCUAAGAGUUUACUGGAUUCUGUCAAGGCCAAAACACUAAGAAAACUGAUCCAACAAACAUUUAGACAAUUCGCCAACCUUAAUAGAGAAGAAAGUAUUCUGAAAUUCUUUGAGAUCCUGUCUCCAGUCUACAGAUUUGAUAAGGAAUGCUUCAAGUGUGCUCUUGGUUCAAGCUGGAUUAUUUCAGUGGAAUUGGCAAUCGGCCCAGAAGAAGGGAUCAGUUACCUAACGGACAAGGGCUGCAAUCCCACACAUCUUGCUGACUUCACUCAAGUGCAGACCAUUCAGUAUUCAAACAGUGAAGAUAAGGACAGAAAAGGAAUGCUACAACUAAAAAUAGCAGGUGCACCCGAGCCUCUGACAGUGACGGCACCAUCCCUAACCAUUGCGGAGAAUAUGGCUGACCUGAUAGAUGGGUAUUGCCGGCUGGUGAAUGGAGCCUCGCAGUCAUUUAUCAUCAGACCCCAGAAAGAAGGUGAACGGGCUUUGCCAUCAAUACCAAAGUUGGCCAACAGCGAAAAGCAAGGCAUGCGGACACACGCCGUCUCUGUGUCAGAUGAAAUUAGUGGGGACGAAACAGAUGAUUAUGCUGAGAUUAUAGAUGAAGAAGAUACUUACACCAUGCCCUCAAAAAGCUAUGGAAUAGAUGAAGCCAGGGAUUAUGAGAUUCAAAGAGAAAGAAUAGAACUUGGACGAUGUAUUGGAGAAGGCCAAUUUGGAGAUGUACAUCAAGGCGUUUAUAUGAGUCCAGAGAAUCCAGCUUUGGCGGUUGCAAUUAAAACAUGUAAAAACUGUACUUCGGACAGCGUGAGAGAGAAAUUUCUUCAAGAAGCCUUAACAAUGCGUCAGUUUGACCAUCCUCAUAUUGUGAAGCUGAUUGGAGUCAUCACAGAGAAUCCUGUCUGGAUAAUCAUGGAGCUGUGCACACUUGGAGAGCUGAGGUCGUUUUUGCAAGUAAGGAAAUACAGUUUGGAUCUAGCAUCUUUGAUCCUGUAUGCCUAUCAGCUUAGUACAGCUCUUGCAUAUCUAGAGAGCAAAAGAUUUGUACACAGGGACAUUGCUGCUCGGAAUGUUCUGGUGUCCUCAAAUGAUUGUGUAAAAUUAGGAGACUUUGGAUUAUCCCGAUAUAUGGAAGAUAGUACUUACUACAAAGCUUCCAAAGGAAAAUUGCCUAUUAAAUGGAUGGCUCCAGAGUCAAUCAAUUUUCGACGUUUUACCUCAGCUAGUGACGUAUGGAUGUUUGGUGUGUGUAUGUGGGAGAUACUGAUGCAUGGUGUGAAGCCUUUUCAAGGAGUGAAGAACAAUGAUGUAAUCGGUCGAAUUGAAAAUGGGGAAAGAUUACCAAUGCCUCCAAAUUGUCCUCCUACCCUCUACAGCCUUAUGACGAAAUGCUGGGCCUAUGACCCCAGCAGGCGGCCCAGGUUUACUGAACUUAAAGCUCAGCUCAGCACAAUCCUGGAGGAAGAGAAGGUUCAGCAAGAAGAACGCAUGAGGAUGGAGUCCAGAAGACAGGCCACAGUGUCCUGGGACUCCGGAGGGUCUGAUGAAGCGCCACCCAAGCCCAGCAGACCGGGUUAUCCUAGUCCGAGGUCCAGCGAAGGAUUUUAUCCCAGCCCACAGCACAUGGUACAAACCAAUCAUUACCAGGUUUCUGGCUACCCUGGUUCACAUGGAAUCACAGCCAUGGCUGGCAGCAUCUAUCCAGGUCAGGCAUCUCUUUUGGACCAAACAGAUUCAUGGAAUCAUAGACCUCAGGAGAUAGCAAUGUGGCAGCCCAAUGUGGAGGACUCUACAGCAUUGGACCUGCGAGGGAUUGGGCAAGUGUUGCCAACCCACCUGAUGGAAGAGCGGCUAAUCCGACAGCAACAGGAAAUGGAAGAAGAUCAGCGCUGGCUGGAAAAAGAGGAAAGAUUUCUGAAACCUGAUGUGAGACUCUCUCGAGGCAGUAUUGACAGGGAGGAUGGAAGUCUUCAGGGUCCGAUUGGAAACCAACAUAUAUAUCAGCCUGUGGGUAAACCAGGUAAAGAAGAAAAGAAUUGGGCGGCAAGAAAUCCUGCAGCUCCACCAAAGAAACCGCCUCGCCCUGGAGCUCCCGGUCACCUGGGAAGCCUUGCCAGCCUCAGCAGCCCUGCUGACAGUUACAACGAGGGUGUCAAGCCAUGGAGGCUUCAGCCCCAGGAAAUCAGCCCCCCUCCUACUGCCAACCUGGACCGGUCAAAUGAUAAGGUGUACGAGAAUGUGACGGGCCUGGUGAAAGCUGUCAUCGAGAUGUCCAGUAAAAUCCAGCCAGCCCCACCAGAGGAGUAUGUCCCUAUGGUGAAGGAAGUCGGCUUGGCCCUGAGGACGUUAUUGGCCACUGUGGAUGAGACCAUUCCCCUCCUACCAGCCAGCACCCACCGAGAGAUUGAGAUGGCACAGAAACUAUUGAACUCUGACCUGGGUGAGCUCAUCAACAAGAUGAAACUGGCCCAGCAGUAUGUCAUGAGUCUCAGCAAGGUACAAAAACAAAUGCUGACUGCUGCUCAUGCCUGGCUGUGGAUGCCAAACUUGCUCGAUGUCAUUGACCAAGCAAGACUGAAAAUGCUUGGGCAGACGAGACCACACUGAGCCUCCCCUGGGAGCAAGUCUUACUACCCUCUUUUGAAGAUGUUCUCUAGCCUUCCCACCAGCAGCGAGGAAUUAACCCUCUGUCUCGGUCGCCAGCAUAACAGCUCAACUUUUUGAAUGACCAUCUGGUUGAAAAUCUUUCUCAUAUAAGUUUAGUCACACUUUGGUUGGGUUCAUUUUUGUUUUGUUUUUUCAAUCAUAUUCAGAAAUGUCCAGGAUCAAAAUGUGGCAUUUUUCUGGAAUGAAAAAUUGUACAUGAGCUUUUAAGCAUCAUGAAGAACAGUUUAUGUUCACAUUAAGAUACGUUCUAAUGGGGAUGGCCAGGGGGUGACAUCUUAAUUCCUAAACUACCUUAGCUGCAUAGUGGAAGAGGAGAGCAUGAAGCAAAGAAUUCCGGGAAUCCCAAGAGGCUGAGAAUUCUUUUGUCUACCAUAGAAUUAUUAUCCAGACUGGAAUUUUUGUUUGUUAGAACACCCUUCAGUUGCAAUAAUACUAAUCCACUUUACAAAGAAAAAGAAUAUAAAAGCUAUAUUUUGAAGACUUGAGUUAUUUCAGAAAAAACUACAGCCCUUUUUGUCUUACCUGCCUUUUACUUUCGUGUGGAUAUGUGAAGCAUUGGGUCGGGAACUAGCUGUAAAGACACAACUAAAAACUCUUGUCUUUUUCACAGAAUAAUGUGCCAGUUUUUGUAGCAAUGUUAUUUCUCUUGGAAGCAGAAAUGCUUUGUACAGGAAACACCUCAAACUGCAUUGAGGAGAAGUUCCAGAACCAUCCCCUUUUUCCAUUUUUAUAUAAUUUAUAAAGAAAGAUUAAAGCCAUGUUGACUAUUUUACAGCCACUGGAGUUAACUAACCCUUCCUUGUAUCUGUCUUCCCAGGAGAGAAUGAAGCAAAACAGGAAUUUGGUUUCUUUUUUGAUGUCCAGUUACACCAUCCAUUCUGUUAAUUUUGAAAAAAUAUACCCUCCUUUAGUUUGUUGGGGGAUAUAAAUUAUUCUCAGGAAGAAUAUAAUGAACUGUACAGUUACUUUGACCUAUUAAAAGAGUGUUACCAGUAAA